AUGUUUUUUCGGUUUAUGUGCUGUCUUGUGACUGUGUGGCUGAUCUCUGCUUCAGAUGGGACCUGUCCAGAAUUUCCCCCAGUAGACAAUAGCAUACUUGUUACAAAGGAGGAGGAAGGACAGAUUCUGGGGAUUUACUAUUGUAUCAUGGGCUUCCACCUGGUAGGAAAGAAAGCCCUGUUUUGCAAUGCCUCUAAGGACUGGAAUUCUUCCACCACCAAGUGCCGCUUGGGCCACUGUCCUGACCCUGUGUUGGUGAAUGGCGAGUUAAAUUCUUCUGGGCCUGUGAAUGUAGGUGACAAAAUCACAUUUAAGUGCAAUGACCACUACAUCCUCAAGGGCAGCAAUUGGAGCCGGUGCCUAGAGGACCACACCUGGGCACCUCCCUUGCCUGUCUGCAAAAGUAGAGACUGUGGCCCUCCUGGGAAUCCAGCUCAUGGCUGGUUUGAAGGAAGAAAUUUCACCUCAGGGUCUACCAUUACUUAUUACUGUGAAGAGAGGUACCACUUAGUGGGCACACGGGACCAGCAGUGCAUUGAUGGGGAGUGGAGCAGUGCACUUCCAGCCUGUGAGAUGAUUCAGGAAGCUCCCAAGACUGAGUUUGAGAAGGCACUUCUUGCCUUUCAGGAGAGUAAAGACCUUUGCAAAGCCAUACAGAACUUUACGCAUAAUUUGAAGGAAAGUGGCUUAACGAUGGAAGAAGUAAAAUGGUCUCUGGAGAUGAAGAAAGCUAAGCUGAAGGCAAAAAUGUUGCUGUAA